CCAACUCCCCUCCGGGUUCAUUUCGCCUCACACGCAGCUGGCUCCGCCGCCGCACCGCGAAGCCGGAAGCCGGAAGCCAGAGGCGGUGGCCGCGCACGGCACAGCCCGACCCCGCCACCGCUAGAGGGAUCCGCGCGACCAGCCCCGGCUCUCACACUGCUCGCACGCCGGAGACGACGAGAUCUUCACCCCACGCUGCCUAGACCGGCGGUCCACUCCUCGCCUCUUUUCCUCAGUUCUCCCUCGCCGAAGGACCCUCGAUUAUUUCCGUUUGGUGAUAGGAUUUCGCCAAAUUAAUACGAUGGAUGCUGCUGCCGCUGCUGAUGCCGCCGCCGCUGCUGCUGCCGCUGCUGAUCCCACGCUGGAUUUUGACCCAGAUGAACUCAGAGCUGUCUAUGAAAGUACCUCACCUUACAUAGCGGGGUUUUUUCCGUCUUCUCCAGGAGUCAUUGUUAUGUCAACCAACAGACAUGAUGUGGUUGCUGUUCACUCAGAGUUGAUUAGCGAUGACCCUGAAUACCUUCCUAAAAUAGUUCGGUAUUAUUCUAAUAAUACCGAAGCUCGUGUUGACGCAGUGGCAAAACUUCCUGCUGAUGUUACAGUCUUGUUUGCAAAGCGCAAGGGUGAGCGAUUGCCUGACAUUGGAUUUUCAAACCUGGAUCCCCAAGAAGGUGUGUCUGAGAAAGUGGUGACAUUUUUCCCAUACAUGGACACAGUGGCUAUGUUCAAGGGACACAUUGGGUUAAGGAAUGCCACAUCCAGGGACGUGAGGGCACCAGAGCAGGAGGUUCAGCCAUCAUCCAUCAACACAUUCACCUUUACUGCCCCGUAUGCAUCCGUUAGCUUCAGGAAAGAUGGUAAUGAGCAUGAUCCUGAUCUACUGGAGACACGCUUAAUGACUCUUGGCGCUCCUGUGUUCAACUUAAAUGGCCAGAUUGUAGGUAUAUUGAGUGAUGUCGGUAUUGAUUGUAGUCUGAAAUUUGCGAGGAAAGCAGUAUACUUAGGUGAAGUCCGUUCACAACUGCGGGGCGAGCAAGUCAAUUGGCUGAAGGGGGAAGAGAAGGUGAGACGUGGUUUGUGAGGGACCCUAAAAUCUGAAGAUACCAGUAGUUGAAUGUGUCGGAAGAUGCAAGUUAACCUUUUUUUUUUUAUCUCUCUUCUGUUUACUUGCGAGGAUCAGUGCCGUCAUGGCGAGAUGCCUGAAACUUUGGAACAGUUCUUGCUUUUUGGUAUGGUCUUGGAAGGUAAUCUUAACCUCUGAAAAGUUGUAACUUGGAGGCAGUACCUUUAUGUUGGUGUUGCACAAGUAUCUCCUUGUGAGAUUUUCUGAGAGGUAGUUGUAGAUUGGGAUGUAAGUGACUGUGUGUGCUGCAUCCCUUUCUUCCAUUUUGACAACAAUUUUUUGUAUUUAAAUCUUAUAUAAAUAUAUGGUGUCAAACUGUGAUUUGUCAA